CAUAAUGCUUCACGCUAUCCGUUUAGGAAGUUAGCUGUCGUAAUGUAAAUGCUAUGUUCGAAAAAGUAUAUUACUUACAACAAUAUAUGGGAUUAAUUAAACAUAAAUGGUAUCGUUUUAUCGUAUGCACAACAGUUCUCGCAUCUUUGGUCCUUUGCUACCUUAAACUACAGUCGCUGUCAAACUCCAAAGGACCAAUGAGCGAACAUACACUGGAAUAUUUCCUCAACAAGGGGACGAUACGAACAAAAGAUGCUGCUGAUAUUAACUGGUAUCAUGCAACAAACAGUAAGAGCAAACUCGCAGAUGCCCUACAAGGUUCUGCACAGAUGAUUGAAGCAGAUGUACUUCUCAGGGGGCGAGACCCAAAAGUGCCUAUUAUGGCUCACCCACCUGACAAUGACAGUGAUAUAACUCUGCAGGACUGGCUUAAAGAAGUUGUGAAAUCAGACAAGGGAAUAAAAUUGGAUUUCAAAAGUCUUGCAGCUGUAUCCCCGUCCAUGACUCUACUGGAUGAGUUCCGAGAUCGGCUGCAGGGACCUGUGUGGAUCAACGCUGAUAUUCUCCCUGGCCCUAGUGGCAUAGCCACCCCUCUGGACCCUCAAGGUUUUUUACAGGAAGCAGCGCAAAGAUCGGAAAAUGAUGUUCUCUCUUUGGGUUGGACCACUGGAUGGGAUGGAGAUGCAGACAAUCCCGGUUAUAGCUGGGAGAUGGUUCAUCAGAUGGAAGAAUUAUGCAGAUCCCUAAAGCAACCAGUCACAUUUCCAGUCCGAGCAGCUCUCCUUCCUGUAUCCUUCCCACAGUUCCAGUGGCUUUUGAAGCAGUCAGACAGGUACAGCUUGACUGUUUGGACGGGCAAUCGCGAUGUUUUUACAGUGGAGGAUCUGUUGCUCUACAGGCAAAACUUCAGCAAAACCAGGAUCUACUAUGAUCUGUUAGAAUCUCAGAUCAAGCAGUUUAAAGGAUUACCUGGCUACACCUAAAAAGCAAAUACACUUUACUGAUGUUGUCUUUGAGAUGUAAAACUGCAAUAAAGUACAAUAUAUGUAAUUUAACACAAAACAUCACACUGAUCAGACUAUUAAAAAAACACACUUUGGAAUCAUCCAUAACUACAUGUACUGGGAUGCAUGCAUUUCAUUGGUUUCACUAAUGUACAAAGAGGCACAAAUACAACUCUCAUAGAAAUGUUUUUUUUGUUUUUUUUUGUUGUUUUUUUAAGAUUUUUGCUGUUUUGUAAGACGAAUGCUCAGACGGUUGAUCGAAAUACUGCUGAAACAGUAAUACUAUUUAAAAACUUGUAAAAAAUAUUUAUUCCAGUAAUGGCAAAACUGAACUUUCAGCCAUCAUUAUUCCAGACUUCAGUGUCACAUGAUCUUUUCCAAACCAUUGUACUCUGCACAAGUGACAAUAGAUGUGCUAAAAAUAAGUUUUGUUUCAGGUAAAUAGACAGACAGACAGAUCUUUUUUCACAAGAAAAGUGAAUUUUUUUUUUUAUUUUUGCAGAAAAUAUCUUCUCAACGUGUAAUUGCAUGCAGUGCAAGUGCAUAUUCUACAACACUUAUAUGCAAGAAAGUAAAAGCAAUGUUUUAUAUUUAUUUAUUUUACAAUCAAUGGCUAAAUACAAGGUCACAAUAAUUUCUUGUUUUGUAAAUACUAAGACGCUGCAGACAUGAAUCAGGUUUAAAGAGAAAGGAAUGCCUUAAACAGCAACCAAGUGUCAAUCUUCUGAUUCAGUACACGAAUGAGCACAAACAACAGAAGUAAAGUGCAGUAAAGUUUAUGAACAAAACAAACAUAUUCCCAUUGUCCAGUCUGGAAAGUGCAUAAAGGGAGGUGGUUGAGAUGUUUAUUAGAAAUCAUUUCAAUCUAACAUUUAUUCUGUUCAGACUUGAUGUAGAUUGACAUAUGACAUUAAAUCUCUAUAUUUACCUUAA